AUCAAGAUCAGCCCCCAGUUGUCCGCAUCUAUGGCCCCACAUCCAAAGGGCCCGGGCUUAGCCCUUGUAGUCACAGCGAUUGUGCUUUCGAUCUUAGCUUCAAUUACUGUCGCCCUGCGGAUUAUUGCGAGGCUGAAGAUCAAAGCUCUGGGCAAGGAUGACUGGCUCAUGAUUCUCGGCCUGCUUUUAUUUCUUCUUUGCUCUGCAUUUGGGGUACUUGCUACUUUGAACGGGAUCAGGGCUCACCUGUCGCAGCUGACCUUUGAGGAUAUCCUCAAAUGUCGAAAGUACUUUAUCGUGUAUCAAUUAGCGUAUGGCGCGACGACUGCUCCGAUCAAGGCUUCGAUCUGUGUCAAUCUACUGAGGAUUACUCCUGAAAGAGUGUAUCGGAUUACACUCUGGCUGGUGAUUGGCCUGUCGGUUAUCUCUUCAAUUAUCAACGAAGUCGCAUUCCUUCUUUCGUGCCAGCCCGUACAAGCUCUUUGGGACCCAUUCGCGGGGCACUGUGUAGGGCCGGGCACCUUUCUCGCCAUCUCUUAUACCACAGCCAUAAGCAACAUCAUUACCGACUGGGCCUGCGCAAUACUACCUGCACUCAUUCUUUGGAAGAUACAAAUGAAUCUGCAUGUCAAGGCAUCUCUUGUCUUCGUUCUCGGGCUCGGCGUAAUCGCUUCAACCGCAACACUUAUGCGUCUUGUGUACAUUGCCAAGUACGGGAAUUCCGAGAAUACCGAUAAUGCUGUAUAUGGCAUCGCCAACAUCGCUACAUGGGGUCUUCUCGAAUCAGGAAUCGGAAUCAUAGCGGGCUCGCUUGCGACUCUCCGCCCUAUCCUUGCAUAUAUUCCUUUUAUGCGUAAACUUGCCCCCACCAACUCCAAUGUCAAGACGCCAGUGAUCACGGACCACUCACAUCGACUGGAUGUAAUCAGAAGCACUAGAAAGACCGGCGCCAUGGAAUCGGCAAGGUGGUCAACGGCGGGACCUUCACACCUGCAUAGCAAAUGCGGUGUUGAAAGCAGGGCGUGGGAGGAACUGAGCGAUGGUGGGAGUCAGAGGAACAUCCUGAAGAACACCAGCGUUGCCGUCGAAAUCGAGAGCCGCGAGGAUCGGAUAGUCUAG